AUGGCGACGAACGAUUCAAGGAUGGAUGUGACCAAUGGGAUAGUUGAUGACGUUAACGGUACCUGGACCAAUGAGUCUGUCGCGGUCUGGCGAAUCACACCAACGGAGUAUCAGGUCACAGCAACAUUGAUCACUUGUCUCAUCGUCGCAACAGUCAUUGGAAACUCCUCAGUCGUGUUAUGUUUUAUUCUUGAGAAGCCAGUUCGGACAUUUAACAACAUAUUCAUCUUGAGUCUGGCCAUGGCUGAUUUCUUGGUGGGCAUGAUCAUCAUGCCUUUGACCCUGACCUAUGACAUGACGGGUCAAUGGAGUUUUGGCGGUCCCGUCUGCCUGAUUUUACAGUACAUGGAUGCGGUGUGCUGUUGUUGUUCCAUUCUUAAUCUGUGUGCUAUAAGCAUGGUUCGAUACCUGUCCAUCACACAUCCCGUGAAAUACUCCUCGCACGUCAAGACGCCUUCAAGGGCUGGAUACAUCAUAGCCAUGGUGUGGGCCUUGGCGCUUGUUUUAAACUUCCCAUCGCUGGCUGGGUGGAAUGUAGCAGCUCAGUACGAAUCGCACUUACCCUUGAAAUUUAUCAUAAAACACGACAAGGGUUACAUAAUAUACACCGUCCUCACAACAUACUUUCUGCCUUUGUCUCUAAUCAUAUUCGCCUCCGUCAGUAUCAUAUUGGCGUUGAGAAAGAACCGGAGGAAAAUUGGGAUCAUGGCACCUUCGAGUAAACAAAGCGAGACCAACAAAGACGGAUCUGGAAUGUCUGUGGACUUGUCAAGCUGCGCCAAUGACAGCAGCGUGAGUGGUGCCGCAGCGUCUAUCGGAGACAAAUCUUGUUUCACAGUCUCUGGCAACAUGGAGCGACCUCCACUCUCAUCGACAUACCCAGGUGCUUCAAACCCGAACCUGCUGUCCCCCAACGUAUUUAUACAACAUAACGCAGCGAGGAACACGAGCAGUAACUUAUUGUCUCCUCUUGCGCUAAUGUCUCCGGACAACACGCAUUCGCCCACGAAUUCAACUGGCGAGACGGUUCUGUCUCCAAGCACCCAAACGUCUGUGAGUUCGCGCCAGUCUCCUUGUAGCUCUGGAAAGAAUACACCAAUUGAAGCGACAGGUUCUGAUCGUCGUUCGAGUGAGGGCCAAAUGCGGACGCCAGGUGCUCUGACUUCAAACAAUUUUGUGCAGUCUCCGCCAAGUUCCUCCGAUAUUGAUUUGGAGGACAAUAAUGUAUUUGCCACGUUAAACGAAGACCAGUAUAGUUUGGAUGAAUUCCUGGAUGCUAAAAGUCGCCCGCCUUCUGCGAUUGGGGAUCAAUCGGAAGACAAGCAGGAUGGCUCGUCACCUCCUGUAGUCAGAAUUAUUAUGGUUGGGGCAGCCACACUCGGGAUAGCUGGUUCGUCGCAUUGUAGCUCUCCUUCUACCAGUCACAAUGAUGACACGGCCGCAGUAGAAUCUCCUGUCUUACUUGACGGAAUUUCAUUCGUCACGAACACUGAUAAUCCUAAAGAAGAUAUGAUGGUAUCGGACAUGGACGAAGGGUUGAUUCUUCCUUCAGUGUUACAACGUGAAGGAACAGUUGCGUCAUCAACUCUGUCAGUGAAGACAGAUAGAAGAUUUCUCUCACCUCCGCCGAAUGUGCUCGACUCAUCGGAGCGACCACCGUCACAAGUAGAACAGGGCCGUCCUCCCAGUGUUGUGAUUUCAACAGAAACGUCGUCUGCAGCAAAACUAACUCGAGAUUGUCCAACAUCGUUCCUUCCGGACAAAAUAAUUUCUGAAUCACUCUAUGUCCCCAAUGACUACCAAUUGCGAGAGAAAACACAACUUUCGGAAUCUUCUCUCAAAACUAAACAGUCUCCAAUCGGGAUGUUCCUGUCGCCUCCGAGUUUAUUCACGUCUGCUGAUCGAUCUUCUUCCGCUUGCAGUUCGACCAAUGGUAACUUCUUGUCACCAGGGGCAGGAACCAGCCGUUCGCUUUCAUCCGACGCGUGUGACUCCGUCUCCGCAGUCCGACUCAGUUUCAUCAGCAAGGCAGAGACAAUUAUUUCAGGGGAAUGUAAAACGAUGGGUAGCAAGAACAACUUGACAAUGAACGCGAUGUCCAAAAAAUUCAAUCGCAAAUUAAAAGUGACCACCGAUGUCGUGAUCGGCGGCAACAGGAUGACUGGCCGUGCUGGACACAGAGCGCGUUUCCGUCUACGAGAUCUCCGAGAGAGACGGGCGGUGAAAUCACUUGCCGUCAUCGCGGUAUUCUUCACCGUUUGCUGGACUCCGUUUUAUGUGAUUUAUGUUGUGACACAGUUUUGUCCCUCUUGCAAGGUUCCUAGUCACCUGCUGACGUUCACUGUGUGGAUGGGUUAUAGUAACUCGUGUUUGAAUCCCAUUCUGUACACAGUCUUUAAUUCAGCGUUCAAGGACGCUUUUUUAAGUAUUUGGAGGAAGAUCAAGACGGCGUGUCGGUUAGGACAAUAA